AAAAUGAAAACGAAAAAGAAAAUGAGUGGACAGAAAAUGUUGGGUCCACCGGCUUCUUAGACUUCAUACAAAUCGAGAAUUUUCUCUAAUCGACUCACGGAGCUUCGCCCAAAACGACUAUGGCAUCCAUGGCGACGGCGACGGCGACGGCGAGGACAACCUUCACGACUGCAGCACUAAUCUCGUCACCUAAAUCUUCGAAGAUCGAAUCUAUCGGAUUUCAAUCAAUCCAACCGCUCAAUAUCAGGCGGUUGAAACAAAAUCACCGGGGUUUUAAUGUUGUAAAAGCAUCGGCGUCUGGACUGUACUCCGCCGAGCAUCUCGAGCUCACUGCGGAAAACGUAGACAAGGUUCUCGACAACGUCCGGCCGUACUUGAUCACCGACGGCGGGAACGUCGAUGUCGUGUCGGUUGAGAACGGCGUCGUCUCGCUCAAGCUCCAAGGAGCAUGCGAAAGCUGUCCUAGUUCAACAACAACCAUGAAAAUGGGGAUUGAAAGAGUUCUAAAGGAAAAAUUUGGAGAUGAAAUCAAGGAUAUAUGUCAAGUAUAUGAUGAACAGGUCACUGAAACUACAGUUGAGGCAGUGAACAACCAUCUAGAGAUAUUAAGACCAGCCAUAAAAAACUACGGUGGCAGUGUAGAAGUGUUGUCUGUCGUAGGCGGAGACUGUGUUGUGAGGUACAUCGGGCCUGACUCUAUCGGAUCGGGGAUCAAAGCAGCCAUCAAGGAGAGAUUCCCUGAUAUUGCCAAUGUCCAACUCACCAACUAGCUAUUCGGCCGAGGAAUGAAUUUUGAGUAUAAUGCUUUCUAAAUUUUACUCAAAUUCAUAUGUUACUAAUGCUAGUUCGUUUCGCAGAUGCAAAUACGUUUUGUAUAUAGCAAUAAUUGACAUAAAUUUGCAGCUCGAUGUACAAAAGGAAUUAUGUAAAUUGAUUUUUUGUUUUCUUUGUUUCA